AGAAGUAGGAAGGAGGAAGAAGAAACUGUUCCUGCUGAAAAGCACACUCCUCCCGGUCCGACCCCUCCUCUAGGAACAUCAUCAUUUCAUCACAGCUCACUAUGUACAAGGCGGGGAGUGUUUCCAGCGAGGCCACGCCCUCACUCUCUCUCACACACACACAGCUCACACAUACACAGUUCCGCGUCGCCGAGUCCCGCAGAGGUUUCUCUCUCUCCCUCUCUCUCUCCACCAUGUCGGACCAGGCAGCCUUCGACACCAACUUGGUGACCAUGACCCGCUUCGUGAUGGAGGAGGGCCGCCGGGCGAAGGGCACCGGGGAGCUCACCACGCUGCUCAACGCGCUGGGCACGGCGGUGAAGGCCAUCUCCAGCGCCGUGCGCAAAGCCGGCAUCGCGCACCUGUACGGCAUCGCCGGCAGCACCAACGUGACGGGCGACCAGGUGAAGAAACUGGACAUCCUGUCCAACGACCUCAUCAUCAACAUGAUCAAGUCGUCCUUCACCUCCUGCGUCCUGGUGUCCGAGGAGAACGAGGAGGCCAUCAUCAUCGAGCCGGAAACCAGGGGUAAAUACAUCGUGUGCUUCGACCCCCUGGACGGGUCCUCCAACAUCGACUGUCUCGUCUCCAUCGGGACCAUCUUCGCCAUCUACAAGAAGGACUCGGAGGACGAGCCGUGUGAGCGUGACGCCCUGAGGCCCGGCCGGGCCCUGGUGGCGGCCGGCUACGCCCUCUACGGCAGCGCCACCAUGAUGGUGAUCUCCACCGGCCAGGGAGUCAAUGGCUUCAUGCUCGACCCGGCGAUCGGCGAGUUCAUCCUGGUGGAUCGAGACGUGAGGAUCAAGAAGCGAGGAAAGAUCUACAGCCUGAACGAAGGCUACGCUAUGUACUUCGACCCGGCCGUCACCGAGUACCUGCAGAAGAAGAAGUUCCCUCAGGACGGCACGGAGCCAUACGGCGCCCGCUACAUCGGCUCCAUGGUGGCAGACGUCCACCGGACACUGAUGUACGGAGGCAUCUUCUUAUACCCGGGGAACGUGAAGAGCCCCCAAGGAAAGCUGCGUCUGCUAUACGAAGGCAACCCCAUGGCCUUCAUUGUGGAGCAGGCGGGCGGCUUGGCCUCCACCGGCCUCCAGCCUCUCCUGGACAUCCAGCCCGACAGCAUCCACCAGCGGGCGCCCGUGGCCAUGGGCUCCACCGAGGACGUCCUGGAGUACGUCGCCAUCUGCCAGAAGCACGCCAGGAAGAAGUGAGGACGUGAGAAAGAAGGAAUAUACCGGGAAGAAUGAUGGAGGUUUGGAGGUAUGGAGGGAGGUUUCUAUAUGCCAGACCAGCAAUGUCCAUGUCCUGGAAAGAAGAAGCAAAUUACAAACACAUUCCACAGAAAUAACCACCAAAGAAUCAAAAAUGUGCCCAAAAAACACAAAACUAAAAUGCAUUUGAACAUACUAAAACAUUUUUUUCCUUAAUCUUCCUGUUUACAUUCACUUGUGCCUUUUUAAAUAAAUAGAAUAAACAUAUAUUCUAGUUGUGUGAAGGACCAAAUAUGCAACAAAACGUGAUUAUUUUAACAUGUGAACCGCUGCUGUUUGUACUGAAGAAGCCUCAAUAAAUACAAAUGUGUCUCAGAAGA